CGACUGGCAAGGCCAGCGCACCUUUCGGUUUCGUUUCUUCCAAAUCUUUUAGGUAUUCUACGGCUGCGCAGAGGCAAGGGCUCAAGAUCUUGUUGUUUUCUUCGUGAUCGAUCAGAUGGUAUCAUGACUGCCGCGGCUGUCACUAAACUGCUGUGUGCAAAUAAUGGAGCGAUGGGAUACGACGAACUGCGGGCCAACGUCGGCGGUGAUGCGGAGAUCGAGAGGACCCUUGCUGACCGCCAGAAGUUCGCCGUAGUGACAGCAGCCGACGGCACCAGAAGGAUCAUAGCGAAGACGUCGGUGAAACUGUGCAAAGCCCAAAGCUGUCAGGGCUGCUCUGGCUUACACCUGUGUAAAUUCUACUUGUACGGGGACUGCAAGUUCAGCCGAAGGAAAAAUGGAUGUCGUUUUUGUCAUGAUCUUCAUUCAGAAAAUAAUUCCAAAGUCCUGAGAGACAACGGUCUACAAGAUUUGAACCAGAAAGAGCUCUGCCAGUUACUCCUUCAGAAUGAACUGACUUUGCUCCCACCGGUGUGCUUUUCUUACAACAGAGGAAAUGGUACCUGCUCUGAGGAUGGAUCCUGUACCCGUCUUCACAUGUGUGAGCAGUUUCUUCAAGGCAAACCGCACAGCAAUUGUAGCAAAUCUCAUGACUUUCUGUCUGGUGAAGUUCUUAGAGUUUUAGAAGGACGUGGACUGACUCCAGAGUUAAUUAGCACCAUUCCAAAUGUAUAUUUAAAUAUAUUGAGCAUGAAGAAUUCUAAAGGAAAACUCAACGAAAAAAAUAAAACUGAGAUAUGCCUAUUCUUUGUAUGGAAAGACUGCAGACACGGACAAAAUUGUUUCCAAGCACACUUCAGUAUGCCUUACCAAUGGCAGGUGCAGGAUGGUUUGGAGUGGUCAGAUCUUCCCGAUAACGAAAAUAUUGAAAAGGAAUUUUGCAAUCCUGCAAAUACAUGCAGUGGAGCCCCAUCAAUAAACUUUUAUACAAUGACACAAGGAAAAAGAAAAGUGCGGCGCCUUUCAACAGCUUCUUCUGUGGAAAAACCUAACUUAAUUCUGACAACACGGUGGAUCUGGUAUUGGGAAGACGAAUAUGGCAAUUGGACUGAUUAUGGCUCUACGAGUGCCAGUAAUAAUGCAUCCACUAUUAAAAGUGAAGACCUGGAAAAGAGCUAUAUAGAAGACAGCAAUGCUACUAUACAGUUCAAGGCUGGAAGACAAGAUUACAAUCUUAUUUUUCCAGAAAUGAUUCAGGUUAAUCAUCACUAUGGAACCAUACGGACUGUUCGAAGGCGACCAGCGUUUGUCUCCAAACAAGAUGUUGUGAAGAUCAGAACAAGCAAAAAAUCACCAAAAAUCGCAGAUUUAACCACAAAUUUCAAAGCAAUACCACCUCACUGGGACAAGACACUUAUACCUGAAACAGGAUACAAGGUUGUUAAACUGCUUGAAUCCAGUGAGGAGUACACUAAAAUCAAGAAUCUCUUCACAAACACCAUGCCUGGAUAUACCAUAGUGAAAAUAGAAAGAAUCCAAAACAAAUCGCUUUGGGAGGUUUUUCAGUGGCAAAAGGAACAAAUGAAAAAAAAUAAAGGAGGGAAGCCAGUCAAUGAGAGACAACUGUUCCACGGGACUGAUUCAGAGUAUGUUGAAGCCAUAUGUAAGCAGAACUUUGACUGGAGAAUUUGUGGAACACAUGGCACAGCGUAUGGAAAAGGAAGCUACUUUGCAAGAGAUGCAAAUUAUUCUCAUGGCUACACUGGUUCAUCAUCUCGCAGGACCAUGUUUGUUGCUAGAAUAUUAGUGGGUGACUAUGUGGUAGGAAACUCCAGUUAUGUCAGACCCCCAUCAAAAGAUGGAGGAGACUGCAACUUUUACGACAGCUGUGUUAACAAUGCUCGGAAUCCUUCCAUUUUUGUUGUUUUUGAAAAACACCAGGUAUACCCCGAAUACCUCAUAGAGUAUCUUGAAAAUAGCUGGGGAAAUUCAUAUUUUGCAUCUCAACGCUCAUAUACUACUAGACAAACAAGCUCUUCAUCAUCAAACAGCUGGCAACAAAAUUCAACCACCAUGUUUAGCACUACAUCACCAGUACACCCAAAGCCAACACCUCAGCCACAACAAAAACAAGAUUCUUGUUUAGUAUCUUAACUGACCUUUUUAUUAAAAUGUUGAGAUUACCCCCAA